GUGUUGUUGUUCCAUUUUUGAACUGUUAGAAAAUGUGUGGGCGAUGAUCAGACAUGGUAGACGUAUAGCCCAGAGUUCGGCUAUUUGUUGAUUUACUAAAGCCCUGCCAGAUGAAUCUUUAUGUUGAAGAAACAGAAAACUAGCUUGUUUGUGUUCCUGUACAUUUGCACCCGAACUUUCAGAUCUGGGAAGUGGACAGGCAAUGACGCUGUUACAAGCGAUGACGCAGUGUUUGGAGACAAUGUCCGGUUGAUUACCAGACUUGCAGUUUGUCUAUUAGCACUGCUGGACAAUAAUGUGAACCUAGUUGCUUAGUUUUCUUGGGACACAAGCGUAGUUUUGAGAGGGAUGAGGAGGGCGGACUGAUGAGCUUGAAAGUUCCGUCACAUUUACACUCCCUCAACACAUAAUAUAUGAAAAAGAAAAUCCAAGGAGAUGCAUAAAAGAUGACCCAAUGCCUACCUUCAACCCCACUCAUUCCAAAAUCCCAAUUACAGUCGCCACAACGCUCAAGCUGCAUUUCCUAGUUAAGUGACAAAUAUGCCCUCAGAUUUUACUUUUUACUCCCUCCCUUUGAACUAAUGCCCGACUUAUUUACUUUAAUUUUUUUUUUCUUGGACCCCUAGAAUAAAUUAUAAACUACUUUAUGAGUUAUUAUUUCAAGCAAUCGUUCACCCAAUAGCAUAUACAGAAGGGUGUUGGGGCAUAAUGGUCAUCUGCAGUUGGCAUUUUCAUGUUGAACAAGCUGUCGCUGCAGAAGUCUCUUUGUGCAUCUGUUAACCAUGAUUCAAGUCUUAUAAGACAGACAGCACAAUUGAAAACAACAAAAAGAAACUACAAAAGGCAUAAGAAGCUUAGAAUCAAAGUUAUACAUACACAGCAGAAAGAUUGAUAUAAGGCAUCCUUCAUGUGUUAGUUAGGGACAUCUUCAUUAGAAAAAUGAUUUGCUGAAAACCCAAAUGCUUGAUUCUAGGUUCUAACCUCUGGCCAUGAAGGAAGAGUUCCUUACUAGUCAUGAGGUGGAAGAAAACAAAAUAUUCCCGUCUUGUUCUCUCUAUUUAAUCUUUACUCAGUUGGGAGGAAGGGAAGCAAUAUAUGCCUUGAUACAUCAGCAUAUACAUCAAUUUGCAACUUGCCGUUCUACAUUGUCAUGGUGAUCUUGCAGGGUUGUCUUCCCUCCCUUGUUAAUAGUAAUACUCAAACAAAGCAUCCCAUUAUCGUUGGAUCAGAUUAUUGGAAUCAUGAAAAGCGUUCACUGAAGCUUCAUUCUAGUGUUUCUCCAAGCUCAUUGAUAUCCAAUUCACAGCAAACUCAAUCUCCCACUGCAUUGUUUCCUCCCAUUAAUCAGACUGUGGCAGCUAUUGUAUUUGGGGAUGGACCAGAAUCACAACUCCAUCCAUUGACAAAGAGAAGAUCAGAAGCGGCCAUACCAAUCGCAGCUCGUUAUAGACUGAUUGAUGCAGUUGUGAGCAACUGCAUUAGCAGUAAUAUACACAGGAUAUAUGCUCUAACACAAUUUAACUCGACUUCUCUCAAUUCCCACAUUUCCAGGGCUUAUUCUGGACUUGGUUUUGGAAAUGACGGGUUUGUUGAAAUAAUUGCAGCAUAUCAAAGCCCUGAUAAUAAUGGGUGGUUUCAGGGAACUGCUGAUGCUGUUAGAAGAUGCCUGUGGCUGCUGGAAGAGUAUCCGAUGUCUGAGUUCUUGGUCCUUCCUGGUUACCAUCUCUACAAAAUGGACUACCAGGAACUCAUCAAGGCCCAUCGAAACAAUAGGGCGGACAUUACUGUUGCAGCAUCAGUUCAUAGGUUUAUUCAUGACCCUGGCUUUGGCUUUUUAGAUGUGAAUUCUGAAAAUCAAGUUUUGGAGUUCAGAUUGAAGUUGGACGAAGGGCCAGCCAAUAUUCACUUAGCCGACGGCUCAAGUAAAUCCAACAGUACUGCUCCAAGUACCAUUAUCACAAGUAUGGGAAUUUAUCUCAUCAACAGAGAUGCAUUAAAAAGGCUCCUAGAAGAGCAUUUCCCCGAGGCAAAUGACUUUAGAAGUGAAGUGAUUCCGGGUGCCAUAUCUCGUGGAAUGAAGGUACAAGCUUAUGCAUUUGAUGGAUACUGGGAGGACAUGAGGAACAUUGGAGCAUUCUACCAAGCAAAUAUGCAAACUAUAAAGAGUACAGACGUGGGAUAUAACUUCUAUGAUAGAGAAAGUCCAAUCCACACUUUGCGUCAUUGUCUGCCUCCAACUCUUAUAACUGAUUCUGUGAUAACAGAUAGUGUAGUUGGAGACGGUUGUGUUCUCAAUGGUUGCAGGAUCAAAGGUACAGUAGUUGGAAUGAGGUCAAGAAUUGGAAUUGGAGCAAUUGUUGAGGAUUCAGUGAUCAUGGGUUCAACUUUCUAUCAAUCAAAGGCAGAAGAUAGUGAAAACAAGAAAGGGGCAGACAUUCCCAUCGGAAUUGGUGAAGCUACUCAAAUAAGGAAAGCUAUUGUAGACAAGAAUGCAAGGAUUGGCAAGAAUGUAAUGAUCAUUAACAAAGACAAUGCCCAGGAAGGGGACAGAGAAGCUGAUGGCUAUGUCAUUCGUGAGGGGAUAGUAGUUGUUCUUCGAAGUGCUGUAAUCCCAGAUGGCACUGUUGUCUGAGAAUUCUAAAACAGUUUCCCAUUCUUUUAGCGUUAAUGAGAUGAACUAAAACGUGUACAUCUUCAUUUGGUUCAUUCAUACCAAAUAUAUAGCACUCAAGUGCCAUCAAUACAAGAUUUUAACAAUUCAAACAAGCUGUAUUGUAGU